AUGGGGUCAUUUACUUACUUGAUGGUUUGGCUCAUCAUAUGCCGUGCACAAGAGAAACCAAUCGCUUUUACCAAUGAACGAGAAGUCAGACCCACAUUCGCACUUGAGUUUCCUAUUCGCCCAAAGCAAUGCAAUGAUGGGUCUAAGCAAAUGUUUCUCCCCGGUACCAAUUGUAGGUACCAUCAACCGGACGCAUUGGCUUUUGCCCCUUAUCCCAAGGGAUACGUGCCGUCUUCCAAGCGUCGAUCAGAAUCUUUCGGUGUUGGAUCAAAGAUUCCCAAGAAUCCACCCGAACGCCGCGAACAUGAACACAUACGAAGACGCGAUUAG